AUGCUACGUCUCGCGUGGAUCCUCGUUCUGUUCGUUUUCGGAGCACAAACAGCAUUGGUCAAUAUCACCAUCGACGAUACCGACCCGAACGCAUGGACCUGGAUCGGGAAGUGGGAUGCGUAUACGAAAGACAAGACUACCUGUGACGGCUGCUUUGCCCACCCUGACCCGAGUCAGGUCCACAACAGCUCAUGGCACGAUGGCCGCCUCUGUUCGGGGUCAUUUACUUCGCAAGGCGUCGCGGUUUACAUCUACGGGAUUGACCUGUCAGGCUUCGAAGGCGACCCCGCCAACAUCAGCUUCUCCGUGAAGAACUCGCCCGUCUCGACGUUCCACUACUUGAAGACUCCUUCUGGGUACAUCUACAACUCUCUUUUCUUCUCCGCUCAUGGCCUGGACGACUCUGCGCCGUUUACCGUUGAUUGGACGGAAAACCUUAGCAGUGCCGGGGGUGGAGUGGGGCUGUUCGAUUAUGCUGUGGUUACCGUCGAGCAAAAGGACGCUCUUCCAGUAGUGAAACCUUCAACCACGACGACGACGAGUAGUGCCACAACGAGCUCCAGUAUAACCCCCACCUCCACAAGUGAGAAAAGUUCGAUUUCCCCGUCAAGCACAAGCGCUAGAAAAUCGAUUCCCGCCGCUGACUCGACGAGCUCAAGUGCUCUGCAAAGCUCUAUCUCCGCUUUUGGCUUCUCGCUACCAACCGGCUCCAGUCUCCCGACAACCCAUCAAUCCAAAACUGGGUUCAUUGUCGGUGGCGUUGUCGGCGGGAUUGCUGUUUUUCUAUUUUUGGCGGGCGUGUGUUUGUGCUAUUGGAGGCGUCGGAGCCGCUCAGCGGUCCCCACGCAGGAAGUAGUCCCGUUCCAGCCGCAGCCCCCAUCACCAUUAACCAUCACCACCCAACAAAAACACUUGGAAUCAAACCCAUUGAUGUCUACACACUCUUUUACUAGUUCUCCAAUAUCUAAUACCCCAAGUGGGACUCUUCAAAAUCGAGAAGCCGAAUUCGAGCAGCGUCUACGUGAUUUGGAGGCGAUGACGAUGAACCCACCUGCUUAUAGUUAA